UGAUUUAGUGCUGUUUUACUUUUCUGGUCAUGGUUAUCAUUUUGAUGGAAAAAAUUAUUUGAUCCCUAUAAAAGAUGCCGAUAUGGAAGAUGAAACAGAUAUUCCACAUUGUGCAGCAAAUGUUCAAGGAAUACUCGAUCGAUUAAUGGAGGGAAAUCCACCAUAUGCGACUAUAAUGAUUUUGGAUUGUUGUAGACCCUACUUUAUUAAAAAUGCAUCAACAUCAAGUCGUCCUCAAAAAUUAGCACUAAUAAUUGGUAAUUAUGACUAUAGUGAUCAGAAAAAUAAAUUAACUCAAUUUGUAAAGAACGUUAAUGAUCUUAGCAAAUUACUUGAAACUAUCGAUUUUCAGGUCACUUCACAUUGCAAUAUUAAAGAGAAUAUGAUUGGUCCGAUACAAGAUUUCUGCAAGAAAAUUAUACCUAAUGAUUUAGUGCUGUUUUACUUUUCUGGUCAUGGUUAUCAUUUUGAUGGAAAAAAUUAUUUGAUCCCUAUAAAAGAUGCCGAUAUGGAAGAUGAAACAGAGGUUCCAGAUUAUGCAGCAGAUGUUCAACGAAUACUCGAUAGAUUAAUAGAAAAUAAUCUACCAUGUGUAACUGUAAUGAUUUUAGAUUGCUGUAGACCCUACUUCAUUAGAAAUCCCUCAAUAUCAGGUCGUAAGUAA